AUGGAUCCCGAAAAAGGUGCCGCGAACCCCGUCCACCCCGACGCACCGCCGGCCUCGAUCCAAGAUGGGCACGAAACAGACCAUUCGAGCGACGAUGCCCCUCACGGCCCGGUGACGAAAGCAGAAGAGCAGACAUGCGAUGGCCGGGACGCCUGGAUCACGGUCGCGGCCUCGUCCCUGACCAUGUUCGUUUACCUCGGCGUCAUCUACUCCUGGGGCAUCAUGCAAGUCCGGCUCGUCGAGACGGCCGGCUCGAGCCUGACGACGCUGACGUUUGUCGGCUCGCUGGCGACGUCGUUCAUGAUCUGCUUCAGCAUCGUCUCGGACAAGAUCGUCUGCCGGGUCGGGUACCGGCUCUCGGCGCUGGUUGGCGGCGUCUUCAUGGGGCUCGGCGAGGUCCUCGCGAGCUUUGCGACGCGUCAUGUGGUCGCGCUGUUCUUCCUGCACGGCCUCGUCUUCGGCCUCGGUGGUGGACUGUGUGUUUUUUCUGUCUCGACUGCUCCGAUGAGCUUGUUCAAGAGGCGCAAAGCCCUGGCGAUGGGGUUCGUCUUUGGCGGCGGAAGUUUGGGAUCCGCAGUCAUGAGCGUCGCAACCAACUUCCUCGUCAGGGACCUCGGUGUCGCGUGGACAUUUCGGAUCCUUGGUUUCAUCCUCUGGGGGGUGUCGAUACCCGCCUCGUACUUCUUGCCGCAAAGAAACAGUUCUGGAAAGAAGGCCUCACGUCAACUGCAGUGGUACCGCUUCAAGCAACCGCGGUUUCUCUUGCUCGUGGGCGGGACGAUCUUGGCCUGCUUCCCGCUGUUCAUCCCGCCCUACUUCAUCCCCAUAUUCUCGAGGUCGAUGGGCUAUCCCAAGGAGGUCGGGAUCAUAAUCCUCGCGGCAUGGAAUCUGGCAUCCACUCUGGGGCGCAUCAUGGCUGGUUGGGUCGCGGACACGCUGCUGGGCCCCGUGGAGAGCCUGGCGAUCUGCAUGCUCUUCAUGAGCCUGAGCUCUCUCGUCGUAUGGCCCCUGUCUUCGUCCAUCGGCAUCUUCGCGGUCUACCUUUUCUUCAACGGCGUCGGCUGCGGUGCGUUUUUCAGCCUGACGCCCAUCGCCGUCGGUGCCACGUUUGGCGCCGAGAAUACUCUCAGCAUCAUUCCGGUGAUUUGGACCACGUGGUUUUGCGGAUUCUUCUUCGGCACACCGAUCGCUUCUGGGCUCUACUCUCUAUCAGGAGGCGCCGACGGCCUGGAAAACUUCAGGCCCGCUGCGUAUUACGCCGGUGCUAUGGCGAUGGCGGGGUUUGCCUGCGUGUUGGCAAUGCGGUUCACCCGCACACACGAGGUGACGGCAAGGAUGUAG